GCUCCUCGGUCCGCUCCGCCCCAAAUUUCCCUUUCCGCUCUCCACUCCCUCCCUGCUUCGCGCCCGACGCAAGAUUCGAGCGAGCGAGCGCGCGCGCUGGUGGCGGAGGCAAUGGCGGAAGGGGCUGCUUCGACGAGGAGGUGGGCGGCGGCGGUCGGGGCUGUGCUCGUGCUCACGCUCCUCGUCUUCGCGGUCUCCGGCGGGCGCCUCCGGGCCGGGAGCACGGCCGCGGCGAGCGGCGCGAGGCGGUGGCUCCGGGACUCGACGUCACUGCUGCCGGCGGCGAGCAGGAGGAGCGGUGGCGAGGACGACGCGUCGGUUGAUGACCCGGAGACGGUGGCCUCACAGGUGCACAUGUCGAUCAAGAACAGCACCGCCCGAAGGAACCUGGGUUACCUGUCAUGCGGGACGGGGAACCCCAUCGACGACUGCUGGCGCUGCGACUCCGACUGGCACAACAACCGGCAGCGGCUCGCCGACUGCGGCAUCGGCUUCGGCCGCAACGCCAUCGGCGGCCGCGACGGCAAGCUCUACGUCGUCACCGACGCCGGCGACGACGACCCCGUGAACCCCAAGGAAGGCACGCUCCGCUACGCCGUCAUCCAGGACGAGCCGCUGUGGAUCAUCUUCAAGCGGGACAUGGUGAUCACGCUCAAGCAGGAGCUCAUCAUGAACAGCUUCAAGACCAUCGACGGGCGUGGCGCCAACGUGCACAUCGCAAACGGCGCCUGCAUCACCAUCCAGUACGUCACCAACGUCAUCAUCCACGGCCUCCACAUCCACGACUGCAGGCCCACGGGGAACGCCAUGGUGAGGAGCUCGCCCAGCCACUACGGCUGGCGGACCAUGGCCGACGGCGACGCCGUCUCCAUCUUCGGUUCCAGCCACGUCUGGGUCGACCACUGCUCCCUCUCCAACUGCGCCGACGGCCUUGUCGAUGCCAUCAUGGGAUCCACUGCUAUUACUGUGUCCAACAACUACUUCACCCACCACAAUGAGGUGAUGCUCCUGGGUCACAGUGAUUCUUAUCUGAAGGACAAGGCAAUGCAGGUCACAAUAGCUUUCAACCAUUUUGGGGAAGGACUCAUUCAGAGAAUGCCAAGGUGCAGACAUGGUUACUUCCAUGUGGUGAACAAUGACUACACCCACUGGGAGAUGUACGCCAUUGGAGGGAGCGCCGAGCCAACGAUCAACAGCCAGGGGAACCGCUACCUCGCGCCAACCAACCCCUUUGCUAAGGAGGUGACAAAGAGAGUUGAAACUGCCCAGACCACCUGGAAGGGUUGGAACUGGAGAUCGGAGGGCGAUCUCCUGCUGAACGGUGCCUUCUUCACUCCGUCGGGAGCAGGCGCUUCAGCAAGCUACUCGCGGGCGUCCAGCCUCGGUGCCAAGUCCUCAUCCAUGGUCGGAACCAUCACCUCCGGUGCGGGCGUCCUGUCGUGCCGUAAGGGCUCCUCCUGCUAGCACAUGGCCGGGACAGACUCACCCACCACCUCUCCGACAACAGAAAAGAAACACCCAAGAUACAGAACCUAAAGCUACCUGAAAACCGACCACGGUUACAUUUUUUUUUCUUCCUUUUUUUCCUACUUUUGACAACGGCUAUAUAUGAUAUGGAUCCCACUCCAAAGUUCACCAUUCCUCAACCUCCCCCUGCCACCCGCUGUCAAAACCCCGGAGCAGCAGGCGAGAAGCGUUGCUGAUUGAUUCGAUCGCUCGGUGUCCUAUUAGUCCCCUGAGUGUGUGCUGUGCUUUUGUGCCAGAUGAUUUUUGUUGUUGUUGUCAACUGAAAAAACCCGCUAGGAUUGUUACCACAAGUUUGUGCCUGGAAUGAACCGGCAGUUAAAUGGUACUGUAAAAAUACUACCUCCUGAAUGGAUUUUAUCUUAACUUUCCUUGAGAUGGAAACUGAAACCAGGCUUGACAUU